AAAAAAGGUUUAUCCCGUCUGACCGAACGGUUUGAACUCUCGUUUGAGCAGCGAGAAGGCGAGUUAUGGAGCUCCGAAUCACACUUCUUUCUCAUGGAAACUAAACAUAAAAAGUGUUGACUAGCUUGGCUUUAACGGCACGGUGUGGAUAUUUGGAAACCAGCAAGACUCCGCUGGACGCCGACCUCAAAUGCGAUGUUUCCAUGGCUUAAAGCCUGUCCUGAAACGCGGUCGGUCUUCAGGGGAAGCUGCUGAGGAGCUAUCACCACACUGCAGUUCUCCACAGGCUUUGGGGAAGUCAUCAUCAGAGCCAUGCCGGCUCUGACCACUGGAGUGGGCCCUGAGCCAGGUCUGCAUGAGCUGCUGGCAGCGCUGCCUUCAAAACUGCAGCCUUGUGUCGGCCAGCCGGAGGACAAGACUUUCCUUCAGCACAUGUUCGGGGAGAAAAGCCUGCAGUCGUUGUUCAAGAUCCACGAAAGACUGCGGCAAUAUGAAGAGAGCAAACCCACACCCGUCUUGGACAGUGCGGCCAUGUUGCCGACUGAAUUGCUGAAGGAACUUCAAGGGAAGUCAGUUGGUGGAGAACUUAAAGAGCUCCUCAAGCUACUGGACACGCCUCAUUUAAAGAGUCUCCUGUGCGUCCACGACACGGUUGCACAGAAGUGCUACGACCCCGAACUACCUCCGCUGAUCUUGGGCCCACAGCAGGGUGAGGACUCUGUGAAGAUCAUAAGACUGGUUAAAAACAAGGAGCCUCUGGGGGCAACCAUAAAGCAGGACAACAACACAGGAGCCAUCCUGGUGGCCCGGGUCAUGAGAGGAGGGGCGGCAGACAGAAGUGGUCUCAUUCACGUCGGCGACGAACUGAAGGAGGUCAACGGCAUCCCUGUGGAUGACAAGAAACCAGAGGAAAUUAUUCGUAUUCUGGGUCAGUCACAAGGCGCCAUCACCUUCAAGGUCGUCCCCGCGGUCCAAGACGAACUUGCGACCAAGGAGCCAAAGAUGUUCGUGAAGGCGCUCUUCGACUACGAGCCGAAAGACGACAAGGCCAUCCCGUGUAAAGAAGCCGGACUGUCUUUCCAGAAGGGCUCCGUCCUUCAGAUCAUGAGCCAAGAUGAUGCAACGUGGUGGCAAGCCAGGCUUGAAGGGGACGUGAACCCCCGUGCUGGACUCAUCCCUUCCAAGCAGUUCCAGGAGAGGAGGUUUGCUUUGCGAAGCCCCGCUGCAGUGCACCCCACCCAGAGGUCCUCCAGCCGACGAUCAUAUGACGUGCCUGUAGAACCUGUGGAGGGAAUUGAAGAGGAUGCUGACUUUAUUAGCGGCUGCCGUUUAGUUGGGUUCAGAAGAAGCUUCCGUCUGAGCAGGAGAGACAAGAAGACCAACAAGUCAAUGUACGAGUGCAAAAAGAGCGAGAUUUACGACACGGCGGACAUGCCCACUUAUGAAGAGGUGACUUUGUACCGCAGGCAGAGCGCAGCCAAACACCGGCUGGUGAUCCUGAUUGGACCACCUGGAGUGGGCCUGAACGAGCUUAAAAGGAAACUUUUGAGUUGUGACCCUCAGCACUUCAGCGUGACCGUCCCACAUACCAGUCGGCCGAAGAGGAACCAGGAGAACGACGGCGUGGAGUAUCAUUUCAUCUCCAAGCAACUGUUUGGGACGGAUAUUCAGAACAAUAAGUUCAUCGAGUAUGGCGAGUACAAAGGCAAUUACUACGGGACGAGUUUAGACUCCAUUCGUUCGGUCCUCUCCAAGAACAGAGUGUGCCUGUUAGACGUCCAGCCUCACACGAUAAAGCACCUGCGGACGGCGGAGUUCAAACCCUUUGUGGUUUUCGUGAAGCCCCCGACGAUAGAUAGACUGAGGGAGACCAGAAAGGACGCCAAAGUCAUUUCAAGCAAGGAUGACAAGGGAGCCGCGAGGCCGUUUGCAGAGGAGGACUUUCAGGAGUUGGUGGCGACGGCCCAGACAAUGGAGGGGCAGUACGGUCACCUCUUUGAUAAGGUCGUCGUGAACGACGACCUCACGGAAGCGUUCGGCGAGCUGCGUUUGGCGCUCCAGCAGGUGGAGACGGACACUAACUGGAUUCCGGUCAGCUGGACUCACUCCUGAGGUCCGCAGCGCCCGUACAGAAGAACAAGGGAAUAUGCAGGGUUGUAUCGUUGCCAGGACCAGGCUCAGCUCCGAUUCAGUCUGGAUGGAUUCCAACAGCAGUUAGGAAUCCAAGCAGGUCUUUCCAGGAAGGAGCGAUCUCGAUCCUAGUCUGGGUUGCAACGUGGAAACCAAAAUCCCAGCACCAGGAGAAGAUCAGCAAUGGCAGCCAGAUACCUGUGUUGGUGUGUUUGCUGGUCACCUGACGGUACAUGGACACGUCUUUAAAAGAAGAAGGGAAGUCUUUUUGCCUUUUUUUUUUUUUAGUAUCGUUUACGUUUCUAUGCUUUCUUUCAGCGUCAAACAUUGUCUGGUACAGCUCUUUGAGGGUUUAAUUUUAUGAAAAAAGUAAUAUAUUUUCUAAUAUCUUCUAGUUUUUUAACCUUUUUAUAUACAGUACAUAUCUUCAUUUUGAGAGCAACUUCAUCCUGAUUGUAUUUUUACGCUAGAAUUGAGUUUGGCCAUGAUUUUUAUUUCCCCCCUGGGAUUGUAGCCACUUCUGACUGCUUCAUGAUUAUUGGUAGUUGAAUUUAAAAUUGUCGUUUUUUUUACUAAUUUGAUGUUGUACACAUGGGUCAAUUCGCAGUUUUCAGGUUUAUUAAAGCAGCUUGUCUUAAUCUGG